ACCCAGCCACUGAGGCUUCAGAAUAAAAGUUGACUCAUUUAUUCAUGUGGCAGAUGAAACUCAGUUCUCUGUUUUUACACUGCAGGGACGGACGGACAUGGACGGUCAGUGGUUAACAGCUUUUUUGUUUUGGUGUUUGACAGGUCAGAGUUAACCAGUCAUUUACACGCUUCAUUUCCUCCUGUCACAUUUAUUAGUCAGUUCCUCUCAGAUAUAAAAAGACUCUAAGUCUUCAUCCUGUCACAGCGAGGGUCCACAGGCUGCAGAGAUGCUUUACCUCUGCCUCCUCUUUGCUGGAUGUCUCCAUCACAGCUUCUCUGAGCCUCCUAAACAGACUGUGCUGCUGAACUCAGUGGCUACACUGCCCUGUCCUCAUGCAACAGGAGAUGUGACAUGGAGUCGCUUCAAUAAGAGUGGUAAAGAGGUGACUCUAAUCAGCAUCAAAAAUGGUCAAGAGAACAGACCUGACAAACGCUUCGGUUCCUUGGCUAAUGGGUCACUGGUCAUAACUAAAGUCCAGUACUCUGAUACUUCAAUGUAUCUGUGUAAUAAGAAACACACUGUGUAUCUGGAGGUGGUGAAUUCCACAGCUCAGACAGGAGGUAAAGUACCAGUCACACCAGGAAACGUUGGACCGGGUCGUGGUCUUGAACCAGACACAGAGAACCAACAACCCUCAGACUCAUGGAAGAUACCUGUUGGUGUCGUCAUAGGUGUUACUCUGGUGCUUUCAGCCAUCUUAACCCUGAGGUUCUGCUCAGGAAAGAGAUCAGAGACAAACACCAGUGUGGAGAACACUGCAGUGGAGGGGAUCUAUGAGGAGAUUGAAGACGGCAACAUAGAUGUAGAAAGUCCAUACUACUGGUCCACUAUCACUGAAACACCCAACACCUCCACAUCACCAAGUACUAAUCUGUACAGCACUGUCAACAAGGUCAAAACUAAAGGCGUCUGCAGGGAGGAGGGUGUCUAUUCCCUCGCCCAAAAUCCACUGCAGACAGGAAACAUCAGCUCAUGAUCAGGUCUCUGAAAAAUCCAGUCCUUCAUCCAUCAAACCUGCAUGGUUUAAAGUCUUUUCAUACCUAUAGGAGUACAACUGAUCUCUCAACAACACUGGAGCGACGGUCAGGACAACUGCAGUUCACUGGACUUUAAACACAACCAAACUUUGCAAAGCAGCAUGGACUUGGUGAUGUAACUGGGUCUAGUGUAGAACUACUGAACUUUGCUAGUUUUGAUAUGAUUCAACAUAUUAACUGAGCUCUGAUUGAUUGUUAACAUGUUCACACAUGUAGCAUUGAAGAUACAUCUGAAUGUGUUGCAUGCAGCUUGCUAACCUUCCCCUUAAUCCUGAAACCUUCUGAUUUCACAGAGGACAUGCAGUCAGUCCUAGAGGUCAUCUUUGAUUCAGCCAUCUUGGGUCUAGUUCCUUAGUUUUAAGUCAUGCAGUUUAAGACAAAGGAAACGUCAUAAAUCAGCAUUCUCUCCAGUCUCUGACUCCCCUCCAAUAAACUGUUUCACCUACUUCUCAUUAAUGUUUUUCAGAGGUUUCCUCAAAGUUUCUGAUUCAAAGAUUCAAACUGUCACUAACAUCUAAACUCUGUUGUUCUGUAACGUCACCUGUUUGUGCUUCCUCUCACUGUGGAGUCGGUUUUGAUCUUCUCACUCUGUUGCUCUGUUGUUUGUUAUUGGUAUUUUUGAUGUGAAUAACUAUAUUAAACCUGGAUGUGUUUUAA